UGGUCUCUCCCCAGCGCGGGGGGUUAAAUCCCGCCUGCAGCCGCUGCCCGGGCCGGUGUGACGACGACCUCGGCACCAGGCGGUAGCCAGGCCUGAGCAGUAGCCAAGAUGGUCACGUUCCCGUGACGGAAACCGCAUCUAGCUGCCAAACGGGAGGGCUGCUCUGCGUGUCGUCACCCCGGCCCCGCUCGGCCCCGCGUGGCAGCGGGCUCCGCCCCUGAGCGCCGGGCGAGGGAAGGGAGCCGCGCCGCGGAAGCGGCGGGCGGCUACAGGUUGCUAAGGAAGCGGCUGCGGCUCCCUCUUCCCGCCGGGGAGUGCGGGGAGAAGGAGCGGGACGGCCAUGGAGGGAGGCUGAAUUAAGACAGAAUGUUGUCAUCUGUGCACACACAGAAUAACGAUAUUCUAUCAGAGUUGCAUGUUCAAAAAAAGUUGUCUUCUCCUGAUGUUGCUGAGGGAACAAGACAUGCACUAUCUAUUACACCUGGAGAAGCAGCAAAACUCUGUUCAUUGAUUCAGUCCUGUGAAGAUUAUUUUAGAAUCAGAAAAGUCAACCAACAUGGAAAAUAUUUUACUGGUCUAAGUGAAGAAGCAGACCAAUUUUCAGCGUGCAUGGAGGAAGAACCCUUGAAGCAGAAUUGGAGUUCAUUUACCAAAGUUAUGGAUAAACAUCAGACCAAGCUGAAAGAACUGUCACCCCAGUUCAAAAGCAGAUCACGGGAAAACUUCCUAGAACCAAACCUGAGUGAAAGUGAAAUGAGAUGGUUGAAAGAAGAUGAAAUUGCCACAUUACAGGAAAAGCUUCUUGAAGCAGAGAUGGCAAUCAGUUCAACAGAAAUGUUUUUGCCUUCAUUUAAAGUCACUAUUGCUGGAAUGACAAAUGUGUGUAACCUUUCUACAUCAGAUAUGAUUAAGAUUUCUAAACAAGAGGAUUUACUGAUAAAGGAACUAGAGGCUCUCAAACAUAUAAAAGGAUUGUUACUACACCUACUUAGAACAACAGAGCAUAAAGAAAUAAGCAGUAAACAAAUUGACAUUUUGAUUCAGAAGUUAACUGAAAGUGAAACUGAAAAUGAUGGUCUCAGAAAAGAAACGCUUGAAACAGAGAAGCAUAUUGUAGAGCUUUCUUCUCAGCUUCAAAAGGAAAAAGCAAAUGCACUAAAAGCAGACCACCUAUCAAAGUCAGUAGAAGCUGUACAAGCCCACCUGCAAUGCCAGAUUCAAAAAAAGGAGGUGGAGAAUGAUCAGUUGAAAGCAAAAAUACAGACUCUGGAAAAGAAAAUAUCUGAGUGGAAGCUUCAAAUUGGCAAACACAAGCACCAAAUUUUAGCUGUAAAGGAAACAAAUGAGCAAAAGAAGAAAGCUCUGAAAAAAGCAACCAGAGCCCAGAAACAAAGAGCUGAAUGUUUUGAAGCAUCUGUUGAAAAACUAACUUCCAAAAUUAGAAAGAGGGAAGUCAAAUUGUCUGAAGUACUUUCAGCUUCCAGUGUCUGGAAAAAUCAUCAUGAGAAGGCUGUAGAAGAAAAGACUCGGUUAGAGGUUCAGUUUGAAACUCUGAAGAAGCAGAUCACAAAUGUUUUGGAGGACCUGAAAAAAAUACAAGAUUGUGGAAGAAAUUCAAAUGAAGAAAUCAAUGGAAAGCUUAAUUCUAUCAAUUCAGAAAGUGCAAAUGUUCGUCUUGAAAAUGCAAAAUUAAAGGCUUUACUUGCUGCUUUGGAAGACAACGCUGUUUCGGCUGAAGCUGAACUCUUAAAUCUGCAAGAAAAAGUAAAGCAGCAGGAAAACCUUGCUGAACACUAUAAAACUCAGGUACAAAAAUUACAAACAGAAGCAGAAGAAUUGAAAGCCAGAUACGAAAAAGUGUUAAAUGAAAACAAAAUAAUAACAGAAGCCAAAAAUUUAGAGAUUAGUGAGGUGAGGAGCCAGAUACAGGCUCAGUUGAAGGAGUUAGAACAUGUUCGUGACUUACUGAAAGUAGCUGAAGAGAGGCUGCUGGAGUAUCAGGAAAACCUGUUGUCCUACAAAAGGAGCUAUGCAGACAAAUCCAAAACCAUUAGGGAGCUACAGGUUCAGAUGGAUGACAACAACAGGUUCUUGAGAAACCAUUCUUUGGAAGAGGAAAACUGUAACAUUCAGAAGAAAUAUGAAUAUCUUAAAAGACAGUUAGAAAGGAUGGAAGUACAAAAUGAAGAACUUGCACAUCAGCUGGCAAACCAAGAGGAGAGUCUUCAGCACAGUGAAUUGCAGCUUAAAGAGAAAUUAGCAGAAUAUGAUGCUUUAGCCAGACAGUUGGAGGCUGCUUUGGAAGAAGGCAGAAAAAAGGAGUCUGAAGAGCUUGAAAAAAUGUCAUCCAAGGAGAGAGCUCUUCAGACAAAAAUAUUGACUCUGGAAACCGAAUUAAGAGAGAGACGAGAGGAGCAAAAGCGACUUGUCUGCAAAUUAAACAAUAGAGAGAAACAUCAGGAAGUAUGUUUGAAAGAAUUAGAGCACACUCUACAAAAAUCAGAAAACCAGAACCACAGCAUCCACAUGAAGGAAAAACUGUGCAAUCUCCAUGAAAGAUGUGUUCCUGUUAUUCAAUGUACUUCCAUUGCUGUAGAAAUCUCUCUGGAUUCAAUUUGCAUUCCAGCUACCAUGAUGGUUUAACAUUUUCCUCCACCACUUCAGAAUUUACCUGUUUAGUGAUACUGAACGAUCAUAACCUUUUAAAAAAAUCAUGAGUGAAGAAACAUCAAGAUAUGCGGAAGUAAAACCUUGAAUCCAGUACCAGGUUUACUUUUAAAAGCCUAGCACAGUCCAAUUAAACCACAUGGAGGUCACUGUAGUAAGUGUAGGCUUCUUAUUUGAUAAAUAGUUUAAGAAUUUCCAAUACAUUGCUUUAACCUAUUCUGCUAUGCAGGAAAUUAGAAAAACCUGAACCUUUUGUCUUUACUUUAAUGCAAUAAUUAGAGCCCUGCAAAUACGCGGCUAUCUGCUUCAUAUCUGUGGACCAUUUUUGCGGGUAGUUGGGCGGAUCCAGAUACAACCUCACAGGGCUCUAUGGAUCUGGAGUGGAGACAGAGACGUGUUUGCACAGGGCUGAGCCAAGCUGAGCUGCGCCCAUCCAAGUCUCAAACCAUUUUGGAGACACUUUGCCUCUUCCCAGCACCUGGUGGGCGGCUUAUAAAGUGCAGCCCGGUCCUGAGCCCCCUUCGUGGCAGCGGCAGCGAACGCCCCUCCCUUCCCCCCCCGCUGGGUCUAUGAAGGCAAGAAAUACGUCCAGGAAAAGGUAAUCUGAUUUCCGACAGAGCCCGGAGCACUUUAAAUAGGGAUAAAAUGUAUGCUGCCAGGGCUGGGAGUGGUGAGAAGGGAGAGUGAGGGAAAUGGGGAGAGUCAGUGCCUGGCAGGGGAUGGAGAGACCAUGAAGGAGAGACCAAGGAGCCGGGCUGCCUGGCUGACGGCUCAGAGAGUGGAGGGAUGAAAGUCCAUGAGCCAGGGGAUAAGCAGGAGCAGGUGAGAAGACUUCGGAGCCCAUUCCCAUCCUCUUAGGCAGGCCCACGCAUGUGGGGGGUGGGGAAUCUGAGCCUGGCCCUGGGGCCUCCUGGGCACCAUCCUGCCCUCCUGUCCCCUGAGGCGGCAGGCCCCGUAUCUGACAAGUACAUGUUGAGCAGCAGCAGCUGGACUCUGGCACCGUGUCUCAAUGGCAGCACCUAGGGUGAGCAGCUAGCAAGUAUGAAAAAUAGGACAGAGUGUGGAGUAAUAGGAAAAAGCCCUGAAUAUCAGGACUGUCCCUAUAAAAUUGGGACAUCUGCUCACCCUAGCGGCACCUCUCCUGUGGCAUCCAGCUCAGGCAACCCAGGGGGUGCAAUGCGCUCUGGGUUGGCAGCCAGCAGCCAGUGGCUGGGGUUGGGCAGCAGAUUGGAAUCGGGGCUGUCCAGCAUGUGCUCGCCAUCCAGCAGCUCAGCACCCCCUCCUCACGGCCCCUUCUUCAGACCCUGCCCCUUACCCCCAGUCCCUGCUCUCGCGCUUCCUCUUCCCUGCAACACCCCCCCCCCCGCUCGCUCAUCUCCGCCACCCCCUCCCCCCCGAGACAGCUUGCAGAUGUGGAUAGAGGUAAAAGUUGGCUAGCAGAUUGUGGGUCGGCUAGCGGGUUGAUCCUGGCGGAUGCAGAUCCACAUUUUUGUAUCAGCGCAGAGCUCUAUCCAUACCUAUACCUUUCCUACCAUAGCUGGCUACAUGGAUUAGUGGAAUUGGUGGCAAUUUCAGAGGCAGAAUCUUUACCUCAAUGUAGUACACAAGUUUGUAUGCUUCAAGUAUCACAUGAGUAUAAUACACCUCAGUUGGGUCAGGCUGACUGAUGGUGAUGCCCUGCUCAGAAAACACUAAGCUACUGAGAUAUCAGGUUGAGAUUGCUGGGCUGGCAGUUAGAAAAAUAUCUUUUUUUUACUUGUGAACUGAGAAAAGAAAUUAUGGAAUCAGUGAGGCCCUUAUCUUGCAAAUUCUUAUGCAUGCACUUAACUUUAUGCCUGUUGAAGCCAAUGGAAUUACUUAUAUGUGUCAAGUUAAGCUUGUGCAAGGUAGAGUCUGUGGGACCAUGUGUUUUUGUAUAAAGUUGCUUAUGUGUAAGUAUUUACAGGAUUGAAGCUUAAGAGACAGUAGCUAUGCAGCCCUUUUACCCACAUACUUUGAUGCUCCUACUAUAGGUAGCUGCAACUAGAAAGCACUGAGAGUUUGCCUGAGGCUACUAAAUUACCAGCUGAUACUCUGACUGUGCUUAAGUAUUAUUUACUUGGAGGCCAGGAUGUGUUAAUGCUAAGCAAAAAGAAUAACAUCUUUUAUAAACACAUCAGGAGGAAAAAUACUAGAGAAAAAAAUAGGCCCAUAGUAAGUGGUAGGAGGAUCAGUGUCCAAUGUUGACUCAAAUAGCUAAGGUACUGAACUCCUUGUUUAAGUCUGUAUUCAACCACAAAAAAUAAAGUAAGUUUAGACAGUUCAGAAAUGAGGAAAUUCUUGUAAAAAUAACUGUUCACAAAGAACAGGGAACCAUAAGGGAACACUUGGAAAAUUUGAACAUAUAAAAGUCAGCUGGCAUGUAUGUAAGUCAUGCCUUGUAGGUCAGAGAUUCUUAAAUUGUGUUCUGUGGAGCACUUUAUGUGGUCUGCAGAGAGCUGGUUGAUCACAUGGUGCUAGAUCCUUCCCCCUUAUUUCCAACUGCUUAAUGGUAUUAAAAGACAGAUAGAUAGAAAUAUAUGUAGUUGCCUCAGAGAUAUUAUAGGAUUGUAAAUUGGAGGGCUGCAGACAAUCUGUAUAUUUACUACACAGAAGAACAAAGUAUAUUCGCCUAUCUUAAUGUUGAUAACUUGCCUGUCAAAAAAUUACUAACCCCGGGCAAGUGAGUAACUUUUUGCAUGGUUGAACUAAUACAUCUGGAUAAACAGAUAUUCAGUAGGAGAAAUUUAUUGGUGAUAGUGACAGCAAGUUGGACAUAAUUUGUAAUGUCAAAUGAGAGCAACAAAGGCCAAUGCAGUUUUAGGCUGCGUACAUAAAGGAACAAUGGCCCAGGAAAUGAAAGGUCUGUAUGACUCCAGUGUAGAGCACCCAGAAUAUAAUGUUCAAUUCUGAGCAUUUUAUUUACAGGAAAAUAUGGACAAGUGGAGAGUGUUCAGAGAAGAUGUCAGGAUGCAUAUGUUACAUUGCCAGCCAUCAGAAUGUUCCCCAAAUCUGCCCUUUUUUGAAAAUAAGACAGUACAGUUCCCGCCUGUGCUCUUUUAUUGCUUCCAAAUGGUUUAAACAAUUGCUAGAUCCAACUGGAUAAUACUGCUAAAUCACAUACAUCAUAUGUCUGCUCAGUAGUAAGUGCAUGUUGCCUCCACACUGAAAGGGAACAUCCUGAGCGUCAGAGAGAUGACAACCCAAAGAGGAUUUUACUUCUUUAUAAAGCAUUAGCUAUGUGUUACCAUUAACAUUUGUACAUCUUGUAUUUUAGAAGGUACCUUUAUGGCUUUGUCUCCUUGUUUUUCAGCAUACACAGCAGCUUGUGAUCUUUAUUUUCACAUUACAGAAUUCAAAUGUCUUUAUGUGUAGUUCUCUUAUUAUGAGUCAUGUUCAUUGGCUUUUUUCUCAUACUGCUAGUGGCAAAGUUGACAUGUCAUUUAGUCAGAUCACUAAAAUGACAUCAUUGUAAUGCUUGUACUCAACCUCAUGAUAUGCAGCCACCACCAAUGCACUGUGGAAGAAAACUUAAUUUUAUAAGCAGCUUUUAAGGACACUCUUGACCAUAUCACAAAUCAAAUCAUAUGAACACUGUGUUUAUUACCUGGGUUCCAAUCGAAGGUAAUAAAGUUUGAGGUCUCUUAUCCUUUAAAUUAUUUUAUUUGUCCCCCCUUUUCCCCCCCAUGCACGAAAAUGAUGACAGAGCCUACACCAGGUUCUUCAUUUCCUAUAUGUAUAUCUUAACAUUCUAGAAGCCCUGUUUGAUAGAGAUUUGCUAUAUGUACCUUUUACUGUCAUUUUCAUCUUUAGAGACACUUCAUGACAAAGCUACUAACAUAAGU